UAAAAGAUAUUUAUUUUGAAGAUAAAAAUGGGAACAAAAGAUUUCUGACAAUUGAUACUCUUGAAUUUUCUGUCAGACCAAAUUAUACAUUAGGUUUUAAUUUAAAAAAACAAAAUAAAUAUCGGCAUUUCAAACGAUACUAUACAAGGAAUUUAAACCUUCCUAAAAAAUCAACGAAUGAAGGUAGUACAAUUAAAUAUGAAAAUAGUACUGAUAUAGUUGGAGAAGGAUUUAUGGAUGAACUCAAAGAUGAGCAAAAAGUAUUAAUUCAAAAAUUUAAUAAAAGAAUUACUGAAUGUCCUAAAGAUAUUAAUGCAUGGCUUGAAUAUGUACAAUUUCAAGAUCAGGUUAUAGAAUCGUGUUCAUUUUAUAAGCAAAAGAAUAUUAAAGAAAUCAUAACUCAAAAGAAAUUAACCAUUAUUGAAAAAGCUUUAGCAAUUAAUUAUGAUUCUGUAGAACUUUUAAAUUUGAAAUUACAAUUGCUAUCAAUGUCAAUACCGGCUGAUCAAUUUUUAAAUAAAAUUGAGGAAAUGAUUAAGCAUGAUAAAAAAAAUAUUAUUUUAUGGGAAGCUUUGAUAAAAUUAACUCAAACUUCUUGUGUGCUGUGUAAAGUAUCAAAAGUAUUAGAUUCGUAUGUAAAAUACUUUUCAGUUUUAAAACAAAAGUGUAAAACAAGUCCUAAGUUUUAUGAUGAACAAAUUUUUAAUUUAUUAUAUCAAUGUCUAAUAUUUUUGCGUCAUGUUGGACUUUGGGAACAAAUGUGGGAAAUUUUAAAAAUUAAUCUACAUUUGAAUCUUGAAAUAGAUCGUGAAAAACUUAAAAAUAUAAAUACAAUCGAUGAAAAACUAAUUAUGGAUAUGGAAGAAUUAAUUUUAAAUUCUAAACUUCCAUUGAAUCAAUUAUGGUUACGUAUAGAGUUAUUACGUGAAAGGUGUUUUUGGACAAGUGUUGAUAUUAAUCAAGUUAAUGUUAAUCUUAUUGGAGAUGAAAAACGAUUAGUAUCGGCUGAUGAAAUAACUAAUUUUAUUUAUCCAACAAUUACAAUUGAAUCAAAUUUUCGUUUGGUAAUUUUCACUCUUCUUUGUCUUAAAGUUCCAUUACUUCCAAGUCGUCACUGUACUUUCAAAGAUUUUAAACUGGAAAAAGAUUGCUGGACAAUAGAUUCCUUAGAAUGUAUAUUACCCAUGAUAUAUUCAACAGUAUGGAUAGGUGCGGUAGAUAAAUAUUUAAGUAACAAAUUUAUGUUAACAUCAUUAUUUGAAGGGGAACUAACAUCUGGACCACAAUUUAUAAAAUACCAUCCUGCUCAAGAAUUAUAUUUAGAUUUUAUAAGAUUAAUAUUUAGUACCAUUUCUCAAAAAUUACCAAUAAUUCAAAGAACUAGUAUUCUUAUUUGGUGGUUAAGAUUCGAAAGAUUAUUAAUUUUUAUUACCAAAGAUGAGCCUUUGAAAGAAGAAAGCAAGAAUAAAAAAGCCAAGUCCAUUAUAAAAAAUUUUUUAAAAAAACCAGAGAACAGAAACAAUUUGCAUUUUUACAGGGAAUUUGCUUUAUUUGAGUAUGAACUUGGUUCUUUUGAUAAUUGCAUUUACAUGUUAAGAAAAAUUAUUCAAUCCCAAGAUAUUAAAUUUUUAGAUAAUGAAGAAAAAGCAGCGCUUCUUAGUCUGUAUAGAACGUCUUUUGAAAUUUUAUUAGAUUUAAGCACUUAUAAAAAUUCAAAUCUAGAAAUCUUUAACGAAAUGACUGAAAGUUUAAAAAAUUUUAUUUGUGUAUGUUUCAACUAUAAUCAGAAUAUGACAGUAGAAGAAAUAUUAUAUGAAGAAAUUAUUAAAUUUUUAACUAAUUCAGUUGCAGAUGAAUCUGAAGAUACAUUUUUGUUACCAAAUUUACAUUGUGAUUUAUUAAUUUGUUAUAGUUACAUAUUAUAUAGUAAAAAUAGAAUUGAUACAAAUUCUAUUUUUGAAUUAUUUAAUAGAUGUUUAACACAUUGUAAUAAAUGUUUUCGAUUGCAAGAAAGAUUUUAUGAGACUAAAGUGGCAUUUUUACAAUUUUUACAACAUACAGUUCAAAAAGUUGAAAAUGUAUUAAUUAACACUCUUAAUGAAGCUCUUGAAAAAUAUCCCAGUAAUUUAUUCCUUCUAUCAUUAAAUGCUUCUAUAGAAAGUAAACUACCAUAUUGGAAAUUGAAAACAAGUAAUAAAAGAUAUAAUAUAUGGUCAAUUUUAGCAAAUUGUUUGGCUGGAAGAGCUCGUAUUAUUCAUCUAAAUAAUAUUGGACUUGAACAAUCUUCUAAUGCAAUGAUUAAUAAAAUGCUUUCAUUUCAUAAAACAUUAUCAAUAACAGAAGAAGUACAAAAUUGCCCUUUGGUCUGGAGAUUUUAUAUGUUAUUACUUCGAGAGCAUGAUUUAUCAAAAAACAAAGGAGAAGAGAUUUAUUUUCAGGCUGUUACUCAGUGUCCAUGGUCGAGAAGUGUAUAUAUAAGUGCAGCUGAAAUUGCACCUCAAAUUUUAUCACAAAUUCAAGAUUUAAUUCAGGAAAAAGAAUUAAGAAUACAUGUUACACCAGAUGAGUUAGAUAUAUUAAGAGGAUAA